UACUCUAAAAAAACUGAAAUCUGUAAUCUGGGUAACAAAUUGGUAAGAAAGAACGUCAUCUAUCAUGCUUUCGAUAUCGUCCCUUCCAAACUCAUUUCUUCCCCACUCACUCACUCUGUCUUUCUCUCUCUCUUAAAUCUUACUUCCCCUGUUUUUGUCCUUUGUAGCUUCAAGAUGGCUUCAUCAAUUGCAUCUUCUGCUGCUUCUCUUUCUCUUCAACUUCCUUCUAACAAGGGAAGGGUGAAAUUGAGCAGCUGUGAUUCCAAUGCUUUUAUCAAGGGAGAUAAGAGAAAUGCAGCUUUUAAAUUGCAGUCUUUCAGUCGGGUUAGCAUGGUUGCCACCGUCAAUGUUUCUCGUUUUGAUGGUAUAUCAAUGGCUCCUGCAGACCCUAUUUUAGGUGUUUCGGAAGCUUUUAAAGCUGAUAAGGAUGAAAAGAAGCUCAAUCUUGGUGUUGGAGCCUAUCGAACCGAAGAACUCCAGCCUUACGUACUGAAUGUUGUCAAGAAGGCGGAGAAUCUUAUGCUGGAGAGAGGAGAAAACAAGGAGUAUCUGCCAAUUGAAGGAUUGGCUGCGUUUAACAAAGUGACUGCAGAAUUGUUGUUUGGAGCUGACAAUGCUGUUCUGAAAGAACAAAGAGUUGCAACUGUCCAAAGUCUUUCAGGAACUGGCUCUCUUCGCCUUGCAGCAGCACUCAUUGAACGAUAUUUCCCUGGGGCAAAAGUGUUGAUAUCAUCUCCAACAUGGGGCAACCACAAAAAUAUUUUCAAUGAUGCCAAAAUUCCAUGGUCUGAGUACAGAUACUAUGAUCCUAAAACAGUUGGUUUGGAUUUUGAGGGGAUGAUAGCGGAUAUUAAGGCAGCUCCUGAAGGAUCAUUUAUUUUACUCCAUGGCUGUGCACACAACCCCACUGGCAUUGAUCCAACUCCUGAACAAUGGGAAAAAAUUGCUGAUGUCAUUCAGGAAAAGAGCCAUAUUCCAUUCUUUGAUGUUGCUUAUCAGGGUUUUGCAAGUGGUAGCCUUGACAAAGAUGCAUCAUCUAUGAGGAUGUUUGCUGCUCGUGGUAUGGAAUUACUGGUUGCUCAAUCUUACAGUAAAAAUCUUGGUCUUUACUCGGAAAGAAUUGGUGCAAUCAAUGUUGUCUGCUCAUCAGCAGAUGCUGCUGCAAGGGUAAAGAGCCAAUUGAAAAGGAUUGCACGACCUAUGUACUCAAAUCCUCCUGUUCAUGGGGCUAGGAUUGUUGCUGACGUUGUGGGCAAUCCAGAACUUUUCAAUGAAUGGAAAGAAGAGAUGGAAAUGAUGGCUGGUAGGAUAAAGAGUGUAAGGCAGAAGUUGUACGACAAUAUCACUUCAAAAGAUAAGAGUGGGAAGGAUUGGUCAUUUAUUCUUAAACAGAUAGGCAUGUUCUCAUUCACUGGCCUAAACAAAACUCAGAGUGAUAAUAUGACGGAUAAGUGGCAUAUAUACAUGACAAAGGAUGGGAGAAUAUCACUGGCUGGUUUAUCCGCAGCCAAAUGUGAGUAUCUUGCUGAUGCCAUCAUAGACUCAUACUACAAUGUUAGUUAAAAGAUAAAUAUACACUAAACACAUGAAGGCUAGGAAAACACCUUCAAAUUUUUGGUGAGUGUAUCUUGACUGCGAGAAUUUGUAAUAAUGUACACUAUGUGCACUGUUAUUAGUUUUGUUUGGAGGGUUAUAUUUGUAACAAUUAUCUCUUACUUUGAAAACUCUAUUUUUAUAAACAUUUUCUGUAUAUGUACUACUUGAUGAUCAUUGCCCAAAUUUCUCA